UGUGUUGUUACUUGAGUUUGUAAAUAUUAUGUUAUUGAAAUAUAAGUAACCCUGUUUUGUAACUAAAUUGUAAAAUGAAGAACUUACCAGUAUGACAAAAAAAGGAGUAAUCGAGACCUAACAAAGAUGAACUUAAAGAUUAUAAGUGUUCCUUAUAAGAGUUUCUUAAUAAUCGUGAAUCGUUAUCAUGAUACCGUCUAAUACGAUUUGUGUUUCUCAAGAAGGGCCGGCCAACGCUUUGGCAUUAAAUAAAGAUUGCACCCAAGUAGUGAUCGCUGGACGCAAUGUGUUUAAAGUAUUUUCUAUAGGUGAAGAUGAAUUCUCUGAAGUGUGUAAUUUGAGAGUUGGAAAAAAUUUAAAUCUAAAUUUUUCUUCUAUUGAUGUUGCUUGGAGUACGCUUGAAGAAAACACUCUCGCAACAGCAGCAACAAAUGGGGCAGUUGUGGUGUGGAACCUAGGUCGCUCUGGGAGGUCUAAACAAGAACAUGUAUUCUCAGAUCACAAGAGAACUGUCAAUAAGGUUAGUUUUCACCUAACUGAACCAUCUCUGCUUAUAUCUGGGUCACAAGAUGGGAUGAUGAAAUGUUUUGAUCUUCGGAUGAAGGAGGUAGCUCGAACAUUUAUAAGUAACACAGAGUCGAUUCGCGACGUGCAGUUCAGCCCGCAUACGGCGCACGUGUUGGCCGCAGUGUCGGAAAACGGCACCGUGCAGCUCUGGGACGCACGGCGACAUGAGCGGCCUCUACACCAGUUCACGGCCCACUCGGGGCCCGUCUUCGCCUGCGACUGGCACCCUGACGUGCCCUGGCUCGCUACGGCCUCUCGGGACAAGACUAUCAAGGUUUGGGAUAUCCACGCGAAACCUAAUUUGGAGCACACCAUACACACGAUAGCCUCCGUCGGACACGUCAAGUGGAGACCGCAGAAAAAGUACCAGGUGGCAUCGUGCGCGCUGGUGCUGGACUGCGCCGUGCACGUGUGGGACGUGCGGCGGCCGCACGUGCCACUGGCCACGUUCGCCGAGCACCGCGACGUCACCACGGCCAUCGCCUGGGUGGCCUCGCCCGACGUGUUCCUGUCGACCAGCCGCGACUGCAGCCUCUACAGGCACCGCUUCUCCGAGGCGGCGCACCCCGUGCUGUGGGCCAACCCGCAGGGCGUCGCCGUGUCGGCGCGGGGCCAGGUGGCUCACGCGGCGCCCGAUCGUCCGCUGCCCGCCGGACUCGCCGCGCCGCAAGCCCCGCCUCCGCCGCACGCGCCCUUCCCGCGGAAGCAGCCGACGGCGGGGUCGCUCGGCGCGGGCGCCCAGGCGGCGCUCGAGGUGGCCUUCGCCGGGGGCGCGGCCAGUACCCUGCGGCGCCACGACGUGCGGCCGCUCGACGACGCCGUUAUCGGCGCGGCGCGACGCUACCGCUUCCACGGUGACCCGCCGCACGUCCUCGCCAAGCACAACGCCCGGGUGGCCCGACACUACGGCCGGUUCAUGACGGCGCACGUGUGGGAGGUGAUGGGCGCCGUGUACUCAGCUCGGUCGUCGAGCGGCCCGCCCCCGGCGCCGCCGCCGCCCCGCGAUCCUCCGCCCCGCCCGGACCCAGCGCCGCCGACUCCUUCGCACGACGGCGUCGAGGAGGAGCGCGAGGAGGAGACGGAGGAGUGGGAGAGCCGCAGCCACAAGCACAGCGGGGUGCUGGGCCUGCCCACGCACACCAUCUACGUGCCGCCGCAUCGGGCCAGAUCGCAAUCGGGUGAAUCACUCUCGGCCUCGCCGACUCCGCCCCGAGGGAGCGCUUUCGUAACGUCGCCUCGUUUUCUCAGAGGACGGUUGGGUGUCUGCGGCGUCGCUGCACUUCGUGGACAUCGAGGCGGCCGAGUGGACGCUGCCGGAGGAGGCCUUCGCGCUGCGUCCUCCCCCGCCGCCCGACGAGCACGACCACGAUCCUCACGGUACGCCCCGAGCCUCGCGACCGACCGUCGUCUGCGACCGUCCUUCCGAAUUAACGACGAAACCGGGCGCAGAGGCGGCCAACUCGAGCGGACAGUCGGCGGCGGCGGGAGCGCCCGACUCUCCGGCCGGCUCCACGGGCUCCGGCUCGCACCCGCCCGCGCCCGCCUCGCCCGCCCCACACCCGCCGGCUCCGGCGCCCCUCUGCGACGAGGGGGACGCGUACGGCGACGCGACCGGCGGCGCCGCCGAGGGACGCGGUCGCGUCGACCUGGCGCCCCUGCUCGCGAGCGCGCUGCACCUGCACGCCGCGCUGGGCGACGUGCAGACGGCGGCCACCGUGCUGCUCGCGCUGCAGGAGCACCGCGGGGAGCUACUGGCGUACGUAGACGAGCCCACGCAGGAGCAGUGGCUGCUGGGCUACAUGGAGCUGCUGCAGCGACACAAGGCGUGGGGGGUGGCCGGGCAGGUGGGGCGCGGCGCGUGGCUAGGCGGCGUAUGGGCGCUGUCGCAGCAGUCGACCAGCGUGGCGGUGUGCUGCGGGCGCUGCGGCCGGCGAACGCGCGGCGCCGGCUGCGACCGCUGCGCGGGGCGCGUGCCGGGCGAGCUGUGCGCCGUGUGCCGCCAGCCCGUGCGAGGCCUGUACGCCUGGUGCCAGGGCUGCUCGCACGGCGGCCACCUGCACCACAUGCGCCGCUGGCUGCGCGAACACGACCUGUGCCCGGCCGGCUGCGCGCACCGCUGCCAGCUCGGUUGACCCGGCGUCGUUGGGAAAUAAAACUAAUUUAUCGGGAUCGUUGA